CUCACAGCCACGCAGCCACGCAGCCGCACCGCCAGCUGUAACGAGGUGAUUUGCACAUGCACGACGCCUCUGCCAUGCCAGACUCAGUCGUGUGCUGGGCUGCUGUACAGCAUGCAUGCUGCGCUGCAGUAGUACCUGACGCGACUGGGGUUGUAGAAUGCGGGGAAGAACAGCUUACCAGAUCCGCCGCUUCCAUCACCCCACGCUUUACGGGGGCGCCCACCCGACUCUUCAAACGCCGACGACGUUCAAGUAUUUCCGUGCGUCCAUGUCUGAUUUACGUCCGUCUCAUGGCGAGGGGGCGCUUGGUGAGAAGAGCGCUUUGCACGUCGCUGCAACCACCUCGGCUUCAUCUCCAACCUGCGAGCGAAGCCCUGCGCACGACUCGUUCAGUCGCACACGAUCCUCUGGUAGUGACAUCAGGCCUUGGCUCCUGAAUCUUGCAUCAAACUAUGAUCCCACCCUUGCCGUCAUGCGCUACGGCGCGGGUGGAAUUUCCAGCCAAGUGCGCACCUCCUUAAAAAAGCACUGCCCCGAGUCCGAUCAAGACUGCCGAUACAGCUUACCAUCAGCAUACCUACAUUUGGUUACAUCCGACGUACCAGUACUAUAUAUCUUCCGAGUCGAUCCCUCUACUUUGUGCUUUGACCCAGUUCGACAAUCACCUACCGGCGCCCUCUACUACAGUCACCUUUAGCAAGCUUUGCUGUUUUUCUGUUUUUCUGUUUCGCCAUCGUUUGUCAAGCAAGCCGUUCAACAUGUUGCAAACCUUCGAGCAAACACAUUCGACGCCGACGAUAUAUUAUGCGUCACCGCCAACGCCUCCAGUCUCUUCUGCACCCUCACCUUCUAUUUCAUCGUCGUCUCUGAAUACCGUCAAAGCCGCCAACAUGAUCGUUCCCAGCCGCCAUCAUAUUCUCAUCGUCACUGGUCCUGCAGGAUGCGGCAAGAGCACCGUCGCCAAGCUUCUUGCUGACCGGUACGGGUUUCACUACAUUGAGGGUGAUGAUGUAAGUGGCCUCUCAACCCU